ACCGCGGGCGGCCGAGGGGCGGGCGCGCCGCUGCAUCCCCAUCCCCGGCGUAGCUCGGCACAGGGCGAGCGGCGCCUGGCCGGAGCGGGCGAGCGGGCGCAGCGCCGAGGCCCGGCCAUGGCCACCACCAGCACCACGGGCUCCACCCUGCUGCAGCCUCUCAGCAACGCCGUGCAGCUGCCCAUCGAUCAGGUCAACUUUGUAGUGUGCCAACUCUUUGCCUUGUUAGCAGCCGUUUGGUUUCGAACUUAUCUACAUUCAAGCAAAACUAGCUCUUUUAUCAGACACGUAGUUGCUACCCUUUUGGGCCUUUAUCUUGCAUUUUUUUGCUUUGGAUGGUAUGCCUUAAACUUUCUCAUACAAAGUGGGAUUUCCUACUGCAUCAUGAUCAUAGCAGGAGUGGAGAGCAUGCACCACCCGAUGAUGAUCAUUACACAGAAGAUCACUAGUCUGGCUUUCGAGAUUCAUGACGGGAUGUUCCGGAAGGAUGAAGAAUUGACCCCGUCGCAGAGGGGAUUAGCUGUGAGACGCAUGCCGAGUCUCCUGGAGUAUGUAAGUUAUACCUGCAACUUCAUGGGUAUCCUGGCAGGUCCUCUCUGCUCUUACAAAGACUACAUUACUUUCAUUGAAGGCAGGCCAUCCCACAUGUCACCGUCAAGUGAGAAUGGAAAGGAAGAGGCACAGCAUGAAAGAGCAGAUCCAUCUCCAAACGCAGCAGUCACGGAGAAGCUCCUCGUCUGUGGACUCUCUUUGUUGUUUCAUUUGACCAUCUCCAAUAUGCUACCCGUGGAGUACAACAUUGAUGAGCAUUUCCAAGCCACUGCCUCAUGGCCAGCCAAAGCCAGCUAUCUGUAUGUCUCUCUUCUGGCUGCCAGACCUAAGUACUAUUUUGCAUGGACCUUAGCUGAUGCCAUUAACAAUGCUGCAGGCUUCGGUUUCAGAGGAUAUGACAGGAAUGGAGUGGCUCGUUGGGACUUAAUUUCCAAUUUGAGAAUCCAGCAAAUAGAGAUGUCAACAAGUUUUAAGAUGUUUCUUGAUAACUGGAAUAUCCAGACAGCUCUUUGGCUCAAAAGGGUGUGUUAUGAACGAGCGACCUUUAGUCCAACAACCCAGACGUUCUUUCUCUCUGCCAUUUGGCAUGGGGUCUACCCAGGAUACUAUCUGACGUUUCUAACAGGCGUGCUAAUGACAUUAGCAGCUCGUGCUGUGAGAAGUAACUUUAGACACUACUUCAUUGAACCCCCUCAACUUAAGUUAUUUUAUGACAUCAUAACAUGGGUAGCAACGCAAAUAACAAUAAGUUACACGGUUGUACCGUUUGUACUUCUUUCUAUAAAACCAUCAUUCAAAUUUUACAGCUCCUGGUAUUACUGCCUUCACAUCUGCAGUAUCUUAGUGUUGCUGUUGCUGCCGGUGAAAAAAUCUCCAAGGGAAAAGAGCACACAGGAAAAUGUUCGGCUCUCACGAGCCAAGAAGUUUGACGAAAAAGAAAAUUCUCUAGGACAAAACAGUUUUUCCAUGACAAAUAAUGUUUGCACUCAGAACCAAGACAUUGCCUCUAGACACUUGUCACUAACACAGUGACUGGGAGAGCGCAUGAUGGCUGUUUCCCGCCUGUGAACAGAAACCAGUCCUGAUGCCUUUCCAGAGACAAACUGGGUGGAAACGGGACAGUCUCAGAGAGGGGAUUUCCUGUACACCAGAU